UUUUUAGUGAGCACAUCCUAUUGCCACUCUUUUUUUUUUCUCACACAUCCAUCUUUCUUUCUUUCAUCCCUCUUCCUCUAAGCAUUUCUCUUUCAAUCUUCACAUUAACGCCAACAUUCUUGCUCAGUUCACUUUAAUCAAAUUCGCUCUUGCUGAUUUACUGUCAAUUACUUUUUUUUUUUUUUUUUUUUUUUUUUUUCAGUACGCAAUUAAACCAAGAUGACUCAAAAAAUUAAGCUCUUUUGUAUUCUCGACGGCGACUCUUCCGCAUUUGAAGUCCAAUUGGAUGCUGAUGACUCAAUUGCUGCUCUCAAAAAAGCAAUCAAGAAGGAAAAAGAACCUGAAUUCGACUACAUUCCUGCCGACAAAUUGAAUCUCUUCCACGUCUCUGUUCCUGAUGAGGGCGCUACAAUCAAUCUCGCCAAUAUUGAAUCAAAGGAGCUACUCACCAGAGCAACAAGCAAGAUCUCCAAGAUAUUUGGCACAUCGCCUCUGCCUGAGGAGACUAUCAACGUCAUUAUUCAGCGGCCAUUGGAAGAUCCGUCUACUUCCACUUCGAACUCGGAGAAAAAAAGGAGGGCCGAUGACUUAUUGCCGCCAGUUUUGAAAAAGAAGAAGUGGACCGUCAACGGACCGAUCAGAUUCGACGCUGUUAAUCAAGUCUACUAUGUGGAUCCUGCGGAACAUGACGACAAUAAGAAAAUACUACAGAGCGUUUUUGACCGCGAGAUAGUGAUGCUCAUAGGCGCACGUGCCUCUGGAAAAACAACACGGUUGUAUCGACUUAUCACCCAAUUAACUGACUUUGGGUAUCGCUGCCUCCCGUAAGCCAACUUCCGCGAAAAUGGAUAAAGUGGAUGCAAUGUAUGCGCUAUUGUACCGGUACUAACCUUAU